CGCCGCCGCCGCCGCCGCCGCCGCCGCCGCACUGAGGGCGCCAGUUGGGAGGCAGUCGCGGCCGGUGGUGGCCGAAGGAGGCGCGAGUGCGCGCGCGGGCGGUUGGGCUGGCCGGCCGGCCGUGAGGGAAGCUCGGCGGGACCGGGGACCGGGCAGAGCGCGCGCGCGAAGGGGCGCCCAUGGUGUGGCCUCAUGUCUAAGACGCUGCGGAGGAAGCGCCACUGGCUGAGCAAGGUGCAGGAGUGCGCCGUGUCCUGGGGGGGCGGCCCCGGCCCGGACCCUGACCUCCUGCGCGGGGGCGCCGAGCGCGGGGAGUUCCCUUACCUUGGGGGCCGCCUCCCGACGCUGGCCGAGUCCGGAGGCGGCGGCGGCGGGAGUGGCCCCGUCCUGCUCUCGGGGAAGCCCCCUGCCCCGGGGGACGUGCUUCUGGAGGUGAACGGCACCCCGGUGAGCGGCCUCACGCACCGAGACACCCUGGCCGUCAUCCGCCACUUCAGGGAGCCGGUGCGCCUCAAGACCGUGCGGCCAGGCAAAGUCAUCAACAAAGAUUUGCGUCACUAUCUAAGCCUGCAGUUCCAGAAAGGUUCAAUUGAUCAUAAACUACAGCAGGUGAUCAGAGAUAAUCUCUACUUAAGAACAAUCCCAUGCACUACAAGAGCUCCCAGAGAUGGGGAGGUCCCUGGGGUGGACUAUAAUUUUAUACCUGUUGAACAAUUUAAGGCACUAGAAGAAAGUGGAGCCUUGCUAGAAAGUGGAACAUAUGAUGGAAAUUUCUAUGGUACCCCUAAACCUCCAGCUGAGCCAAGCCCAUUUCAACCAGAUCCAGUAGACCAAGUGCUUUUUGAUAAUGAUUUUGAUCCAGAAUCUCAAAGAAAAAGAACCACUUCAGUCAGCAAAAUGGAAAAAAUGGACAGUUCAUUUCCUGAAGAAGAGGAGGAGGAAGAAAAGGAAGCAGUUAAUGGUAAUGGAGGCACAGAAAACAAAGAAAGACAUUCAGAUUCUUCUGACUGGAUGAAGCCUGUUCCUAGUUACAGUCAGACAAGUAGUUCAAUGGAUUUCAGAAACUAUUUAUCAAGGGAAGAAAACCUAGAGCCUCUACCCAAGAACUGGGAAAUGGCAUACACAGACACAGGCAUGAUCUACUUCAUUGAUCACAACACCAAAACUACCACCUGGCUGGAUCCUCGCCUUUGUAAAAAAGCCAAAGCUCCUGAAGACUGUGAAGAUGGAGAGCUUCCAUAUGGUUGGGAGAAAAUAGAAGAUCCUCAGUAUGGAACAUACUACGUUGAUCAUAUUAACCAGAAAACUCAGUUUGAAAAUCCAGUUUUGGAAGCCAAACGGAAAAAACAGCUUGGACAGACAGAUGGAGGCCCUUCAAAUCCAGAACCAGUGAAGUCUCUCUUCACCCGAGACCCAUCCCAGUUGAUAGGAGCACUCAUACGGACAUCAUUGAAGAAAAGCAAUAUGGGCUUUGGCUUCACAAUCAUUGGUGGAGACAGACCAGAUGAGUUUCUGCAGGUGAAGAAUGUACUGAAAGAUGGACCAGCUGCACAGGAUGGCAAAAUUGCACCAGGUGAUGUCAUUGUCGACAUAAACGGCACGUGUGUCUUGGGCCAUACCCAUGCUGAUGUUGUCCAGAUGUUUCAAUUGGUUCCUGUCAACCAGUAUGUGAAUAUGACUCUGUGUCGUGGAUACCCUCUUCCUGAUGAAAAUGAGGACCCUGUUGUAGAUAUUGUUACAGCCACUCCUGUCUUAAAUGGUCACCAAAUAGUAAAAGGUGAUACUUGUAUGAUCAACCAAGAGUUAAUACCUGGAACAAUGGUUUUGGACCAGACUGGAAAGCCAGGGCAUAUCUUACUCAAUGGACGCUUGAAUGGCCCUUCCACAGACCUCAGUGAACAGAGGGCCUCAGUGUCUUCUUCAGGAUGCUCUCAAGCAGAACUGGUCACAAUUCCUCUGAUCAAGGGACCUAAAGGUUUUGGAUUUGCAAUAGCUGACAGCCCUGUAGGGCAGAAGGUGAAGAUGAUCUUAGAUAGCCAGUGGUGCCAUGGUCUUCAGAAAGGGGAUAUAAUUAAAGAGAUUUAUCAUCAGAAUGUGCAGAACUUAACUCACCUUCAGGUGGUAGAAGUACUGAAGCAGUUUCCAGUUGGAGCAGAAGUGCCACUGCUUAUCCUAAGGGGAGGCCCUUCCUCACCUACUAAAAGUUCCAAUGUUGUGAGUAUUGAUAAUAAACUAGAUAAGCAAGAAAAUUCAGGAAGCCAAGAGACCAUCAGUGAGUCAGCUCCACAACCUAUGCCUUUUCCACCCAGUGUUCUAAGGUCAGCAUCCCCAAAGCUAGACCCUUCAGAAGUCUACCUGAAGUCUAAAACAUUGUUUGAAGAAAAACCUCCAAAUACAAAAGAUUUGGAUGUUUUUCUUCGAAAGCAAGAGUCUGGCUUUGGCUUCCGUGUUCUUGGAGGAGAUGGUCCAGAUCAGUCAAUCUACAUCGGAGCCAUCAUCCCACUGGGUGCAGCAGAAAAAGAUGGUAGACUCCGUGCUGCUGACGAGCUGGUAUGCAUUGAUGGCAUCCUGGUCAAAGGGAAAUCACACAAGCAGGUUCUGGAUUUAAUGACUAGUGCUGCACGAAAUGGCCAGGUGCUGCUGACUGUCCGCAGAAAGAUCUUCUUUGGUGGAGAUAAACAACUAGAAGAAGAAUCGUCACCCCAAGUUCCCAUUUCCUCGCAGAACGGCUCUCCUAGGAUAAACCGAAUAGAGCUACACACCAAGCAAUUCCCAGAAGCCUAUGAUGUUGUGCUGCAACGGAAGGAGAAUGAAGGAUUUGGCUUUGUGAUUCUUACCUCGAAAAACAAGCCACCACCUGGUGUGAUUCCGCAUAAAAUUGGGCGUGUCAUUGAAGGGAGUCCAGCUGAUCACUGUGGAAAACUGAAAGUGGGAGAUAGAAUUUCAGCAGUGAAUGGCCAGUCAAUCGUAGACCUCUCACAUGAAAACAUUGUGCAGUUAAUCAAAGAUGCAGGGAACACUGUCACACUCACUGUUGUUGCUGAAGAAGAGCAUCGUGGUCCCCCAUCAGGAACAAACUCUGCCAAGCAGAGUCCAGCCCUACAGCAUCGGCCGAUGGGAACACUGCCAGCCAGCUCUUUGCCUACUGACAGGAGUGCUAUAGAAGCUGAUACUGGAAAAGAACAAUGCAACAGUUUCAAGCACUUCUCGUCAUCAGAAGGUGUUUCAUCUGUCACAGGAAGCAAACCAUCUCAGAUCCCAGGAUGUUAUCCUGUAGAAUUGGAGAGAGGUCCUCGAGGUUUUGGAUUUAGCCUUCGGGGAGGAAAGGAGUAUAACAUGGGGUUGUUUAUUCUUCGGCUUGCUGAAGAUGGCCCUGCCAUUAAAGAUGGGAGAAUUCAUGUUGGGGACCAGAUUGUUGAGAUCAAUGGGGAGCCAACCCAAGGAAUCACCCAUACCCGAGCCAUUGAAUUGAUUCAGUCUGGAGGAAAUAAAGUUCUCCUUCUUUUGCGACCAGGAACUGGCUUAAUACCAGAUCAUGGUGAUCUGGAUAGUUUGAAUCCAACGUCCUCAAGUGUAACACACGGUGAACAGACACCACUUCCCUCAUCUUCACAUUCUGCUUCCACAUCUGAAGCAUCUCAUUUGCCAGGACCAGAAGAAGCUUUAGUGAAAGUCCAGAUGCCUGAGAAACUGGAAGAACUGAAGAAAACUGUGCCUGAAAAGAAAAGCACUUUAAUGGAAAACCACUUGGAGAUUAAAAAUGCAAGUUCUGCACAAAAGAAUGUGAACAAACGGGACCACCCCUCCAGUCCAGGUGAUAAGGUGGUACACAGUACUGCACAGUUGGCAGUGGGCAAUGCAACCAGCAGAGGCAGAUCAGCCAGCCCAAAAAAGUUGAGCAAUAGUACUUCCAAAGGCCAUAAUCAAGCACCAUGCAAUAGCCCUCGAAUGGGUGAGUCUAAAAAAACCACCAAGGGUUGCUUAGACCAGCCAGAAAGUCCCAAAAGACGUGACAAGAAGCACCUGGGAACCACUGAGAGUGCAGAUACUGGGAAAGUCCCUGUCAAGGAAAAGAGAGGCAGAUCUGCCAGUCCCCAGAAAUAUCCAAAGAAAGAAAGAAGCAGAGAUAAUCUGAACACAGAGCAAAGAUUAACAGAAUUUAAAAGUGGAACACCUGUUAGUGAAAAGCACACAACUGUGCUACCAAUAGAAAAAGUGAAAUUAGGAGGCAUAAAAGUCACAAAGCAAAACAUAUCUGGGAAGGAUGAGAAAUACCCUUCAGAGACAGCACAUUAUAAGUCAGAGGAGCAUUCUCUUCCGCUUUCUGAGGCUAAUCAGCUUAGAAAGAAAACACUGGAAGAUGAAAAAAUUAAAAGCUCUAACCAAUUAGAAAUGGCAGGUCUUCCUGAUGAUUCAGUACUUUUGGGGAAUAACAACACUAGGCUUGAAGCAGAAGAGCCUGUUGUCCUGAACAAAUACAGAGACAAUGACUUGGAGCCAGCUGAUAAAACCAAAGAGGAUGGAGUUUUCAAAACUGAGAGCAGAUCUCCUGUGAAGAAAGCUAUAACUCCUGGACCUUGGAAGGUACCAAGUGCAAGCAGAGUCACAAAAGCAACAGGUGUGACUGACAAACGGGUUUGACUGACAACCUUUUUUUAGAACAUAUUUUAAUCAGGUUUCUAAUGUGGCCACUUAAAACAGUUUUUCUUUUCACAAAACUGUCAUUUUUUCAGACACUGUGAUGAACAGAAAGUACAUUUGAUUGGAAGUUAAAUUAGGCUGCAUGAAGGACCUUUUGGAUUGCAUAUAUGAAACUCUUCAAAAGCUGCUGUCCUUUGGUCCCUUUGAAGGUGGUGUCCUGCUGCUCCUGAUGUUGCACUGCUAAGGCUUUCUGAUAGUAUUGUGAGAUAAUGAACAAAAUUAUUUAAUGCCUAUUAUCAGUGUAAUCAUGACUCACUACUCUUGUUCUUGUGCCAAGUUAUCUACUGUAUCCUGUUGAAUCUUCUGCAUUUUCCACUGCCACAGAAAAGGGGGGGGGAGUUAAAAUGAGUAUUUACUCAAGCAUGCUGCAUGUUUACAUAGGGAAUAUUUCUGAGUUCUCGCUGCUCAAGCAAGAAGUUAGAUGUGCUUGGUUUUCUUGGCUCUCUGGAGUCAGGGAGCAAACAUGCCCCAAAUGCCUUUUUUCACAAAGCUCUCUUCCACCCUCCUCAAACCUGUCAAUACCAGCAUAAUAACUUUAAACAGGACAGUGCCCCUUUAUAUGUGCUUUUUUGUCAUUUGCUCUCUUAACUACCUUGAGUUGUCAGUUCUAUCUUUAAAAUAUGUGAUACAAGUUUAAAUCUGAAAGAUGAUUAGUUUUAAAAUCACAACAGUUCUCUUAAUUCCAGUGUGAUUAAAUUGAAGUGGCUUCAGGAUUGCCACAAAAUUAUAUCCUUAUUUUUAUUUUUUAACAAGCACUUUUAACAUUAAACAUGCAGAGUGUGCAUAUGCUUUCAAGCUUAAUGCCAUGCUGUUUGUCAGCAUCUCCCAUCUGUUGUUUGGUUGUUGUUUUUUGCUUAAUGCUGUCUAAACACUUGAAUAUUUCCUGCCUUGGCUCAAAAUUCAAGAUCUUAAAACACAGCAGAGUAAACCAAUCCACCAAAGUCAAAUUCUCAAGAAUUGUCCUUGCUUAUCGCUAUUACUGGAAGUCUGUUACCUUACUUUGUUUUCCAUUUUUUUAUGUUCUUCUCUUACUUCCGCGUAAGUGUAAAUAUGAUAGUGAGGAAUGUUAACAGUGGAGCACAUUUGCACCUCAGAUGUGUAAGUUAAUUGUGAUGGGAUUUGAGGAGAUGGCAAGCUGCAAGAAUGGAGACUUUGAAUUUUACAUCAUUCUAGCAAUGGAUUUGGCAGCCUCUGAAUGAGCUUUUGUGAGUUUGAUCCAUUUCAGCAAAGAGUUUGAUCCACGCCCCUUAUGUUACCCUAAAUCAAAGAUUUCCAUAUUUUGUCAGGGAGUUCCCCCCUCCAGUAGGCUCUUUAAUUGUAUUAGACUUCUUUCUUCCAGCUUUCAAGUCUUGUUCUCCAAUUUUAUUUUUUUUAACAAGAUUUCCUUUUUCUGGUUCCACCCUGGCAACUCGUAUUUUACUCUUUCCCCUUUCUUCUUAAACUUACUUUCUUUCCUUCAUCCAUUAGUUUCUCUUCCAGUCCUUUUUUUACCUGUUCUGUUAGCUAGUGUAUAAGUGAUGAUUUCUCAAACAUGCAGAAUGUUUUGUAAUGGAACUUUCAUUGCUUGUGUGUGUUUGUUUUGGGAAUGUCUUAAUGCAAUGUCUGGUUAAUAAGUUCUGCAAGUUCUUUAGUGUUUUGAGCUUGUUUUGCUUUUUGCAUGGUGUGUGUGUGUGUUUGAGAUGGGUCAAAACAAGUUCCUUCCAGCAUAGCAGCACUGUGGCAAAAGGAUGUCUGCAAAUUAAGGACACAUUGUUAAUAUUGCCUUUUAAGAAGUCUACUACUGCUAACAUUCUUCUCCCUUCCUCUCCCCUCUAUACUGUGAAAUCCCUAUCUACUAAAGAAAAAAAAUGCACAGUAAUGUUUUUCUUGCACAGUAAUGUCCAAGCAUUAAAAAAAAAUCUAAUGGUGGCAUUCCUUGUUUUGCUGACCUAUUAACCCUUUCUUUUUAUCAGUUGCACUCUAGGCAGUUUUACUGCUCUGUUGAACUGAAUGAGACAAGCUUCUCCACUUCCAUUGCAUGUGUAGUUCUUUGCAUGUGCAGUAACUACUGUUACUGUGUCAUUUCCCCUGAACCAGUAGGAAAAAGAGAAAAGUCAUUCCCAUUGCUGUUUGGAAAUAUUUAUCUGUAUAGAGCCCAUCUAUCUGCUCAAAGUUUUACCAUUUCUGUUCCAUUUUCACUUUUGCAUGACACUGCUCAGCCUUAUUCUGGAGAACAGGUGAAGUUGGCAUUGUGUCGUAGUAACUACAGGCUUGCCACAGAGGGCUUUAGCGAUGUCACUUUCAGAAGAUUAUUGCUUUGCAUUCAACUCGAUUGCUGACAUACCCUUUUCCCCUAGCCCUGUUGGGUCUGAAAGCUUAGAGUGUGCUGGGGAAUAGAUUGGUGCAGAUAUCUAGGAUAGUGGUAAUCCUGUGAACUCUUGAAAUGGACUGUGAUUGCUGAAGAAUGAAAUUCCUUUGAUGCUGUCUGUGUGAGAUAUGAUUUCACAAUUGAAGCCUGGAAUACUACUUCAAGAGGUGUACUUGCUUGGUGCUAUUGUUACUGGUUUUGUAUGACUGUCCCUGUGUGACUGUUGCUGUGCUUAUCCUGCUAGCUUGAUCAGAGGCAACUGACAUAAGUGACAUCCAAUUGCCCAUUUAAAAGCACUAGGUCUCUAGAAAGCUGUCGAUUAGCCCUUUCCUCACCACCACCACCACCACCACCUCUCAAGCUGACCAUUGCAGUGACAGUGAAAAUGCUUGAGAAGGAAAAGUCAAAAGCAUAAACGUACCUGUAAUCAGACCCUCAAUAGGAUGCAUGAUGGUGCUGGUCAGAAUGGGAAAUUGAAAGGUGCAAGGUUGUCUAUUGUGCAAUAGUCCUGCACUUUCAUGAUGGAUUGUUACUCAUGUGGCACCCAGAAACAUAUACUGGUGUGAUGAUGCACAUUUAAGUUAUGUUAGAACAUCUGUUCACCUUUUUAAGAAUUUGUGCAAGGUGUAUGUAUGUUGGCUGUGAAUUUACAGUAUCUUACAGUUCCACAUGAGUUUGUGCUUUUUAUUUUUAAAUGGUGUUUUCACAUCCCAACAAUAUCUCUGUUGCUUAUUAAUUUCCCUGAGUUUUUAAAAGUUUAAUGUGGCUCAUAUGAAUUCCUGUUUUGAACAGGAGGUUUUUAAAAUGCCUAUAUUCUUUGGACUUGGUUUUCCUAAGCAUUUCUGUGGUGUGAUGCUACCAAGACAAACCAGUUCUUAAGAGGAAAUUGUUUUUUUAAAAGACUAACAACUGGUUAAACUCUUAAUAUUAAGAAAAUUGUUUUUUAAGUGUCUUUUGUUCUCUCAUUUAAGAACUCAAGUUGCUGUAGGACGUAUGUGCAAAUAUUGUAGAAAAUUACUGUGAAAAUAUUUAAUACUUGAGUUAGCCUAUGUAGUUUAAAUACCUUGACAAACAUCAUGAAACAUCCCUUCAAGAUUCUCUUAUACUCUGUCACAGAAUAGUGUUGAAUGAAAACUGCAGAAAUAUCAAGAUGACUUAGUAAAACUAAAAUGGUUCCCCCCUCCAUUAUUCAGCAAGUAAUCAUUAUCCAUAUGCAAUUUAACCUUUAAUGGCGUGACCUAAUUUGUUGUCCUCUGUUUGAUGUGAGCCCUUCUACCCAGAGACUUUGUAUCUGUACUUAACUGCAUAAAAUGACUUUAGCAAUGUGGCCUUGGAAUGUUGAGAAACCUAUGGUUGUACUGGAUGUAAAUGUUUAUAUAUUGUACAGCACCUUUAUAUAUACACUUCUAAGGUUCUGAUUAGAAAGAGACCUGUAAAUCGCUCAUUAUUUUUUAUAUAGAUACAUUAAAAAGAGACUCUAGUUCAUGGCUUCUGGAGUACUGUACUUUAUGAAAAUAUCACCUCUUCAGUAUUUUAUGCAUUAGAACAAGGGUAUAUAAUUUUUUCAGGCCAAGGGCUGCAUUGGGCCCAGCUAACACUGUGUAAAUGCGGACAUGACCAUUUUUCAAAAGGGGAAAAAUUUGGAGAUCACAAAACUGUUUUGACAUUACAGAAUCAAAUUAUGGAGUAAGAGAAAUGGGUGGGAGGGUUUGCAGGGCCACAAAAAAAACUAUUGGGCAGAGUCAGACUGUGUUAGCCACCUGCUACAUUAUAACUCUAGAUUGGAUGUAAAAGAUCAGGAACAGUAGGAAGGUACAAGUUCAAAAAUUCUAAAAUACAAUAGCAUUCAUUGUUCAUGCUUCUGCUUGUGUAGAAACAUCUCAAAGGUUUAAUUUACUUUUCUCACAGCUGUAGCACAAUGUAAAAUUAACCUUCCACCUACAGCCAACACAUCUCUCACAAAUGGCCCUUUUACCUGUAAACACAGUGGUUGUUAUCAGCAAAGAAUAUAGCAAAACUUCGGUGUUUACAUUACUUGUUUUAUUCAUCCACAUUACUAACAUUUAGUUGGACCUGAUUGUAUGACAAUAAACAGUUUAUACAAAUCUGUUUGUAUAAACAGUAUCAUAUACAAAGUAUAUCUUGCUUAAGAUGCUACAGGCAGUGCUGAUUUUAAAAAUAUUCAACUAUUCCAUACAUACUAGUGACAGCAACCAACCACUCAGUGAUAAUUCGGUAAGCCCUUUUAGAGUUACUUCACAUAUUUGUAUGUGGAUUUAGGAAUAAAAUUAUAUCUCAAAUAGAAAAACAUAGAAAUAUGGGUUUGCUGCAUGUACAUUCAGAAGCUGCAAUGUAGGUUCUAAAUAUUUAUGUAUGGUAAACCAUAUGUAUACCAUAUGUGGAAAUCAGUAGAGUCAUAGAAAAUUUUCUUGUGUGAAGCAGUCCAUAGCCCUAAUACUUACCCUACUUGGGAAGGAUUGCGUGUAAAGUUCUUUAAUCAAUAGCUCACUGCAGUGGGAAAAUUUUCAGGUCCAACCCACUUUCCGUGCAGCUAAAUGCCAGCAAUGGGUGUUGUAAUCUAUCCCAGCAGAAAUUUGGUUCUAAUUGCCUCUUAAAUACUGUAAAAUAUCUGCUCUCUCUGGAAGCAUAUAAACAUUGCUGUAUUCUCUCAUGGAGAGAUUGCUUUGCUUGUUCAGAUCAGUCUGAGUUCACAUAAUGAGUUAUUUGAAGAAUGCUAAUCAUAUAAAAACUAUCAUCUCUCCUGGUGUGUGUGGCAGGCCUACUGAAAGCCACCUUCUGGAGCUGUUUGUGUGUUCCUAAGCAACUGCUGUAUGCCUGGAGAUAAAAAUCCAUCACCACAAGUUGAGUAUAUAAUUUCCUUCUCUUAUAAAUCAACAUCAGUAGGCAAGGCCUCCAGCAGCUUCUGCUGCUAAGUCUAGUGCCAUUCAAGAAAAUUUUAUUGGAGGCACUUUGAAGUAGGUCAAGAGCAAGCUACCAAAAGGAGGUAAUUCUGCCAAAAACAAGCACCUCUCUGAACUUAGAACUAUGCUCGGCCACCUCAUUUUAAAAACAUGUCCCUUAACAUGUUUGUAGUAUGCAUUAAGUUCUGUUCCCCUUACAAAUGACUUAACAGCAAGCCUUUUCAAGUCGGAAAAUGACUGGCUUGUUGCAGUGGUUUUGUUUAUGCAACAAAUAUCUGUUGUAUGAUUUCACACUACUGCACUCCAUGGGAGCUGCAGGUUUGUCAGAUAACUUUAUUCUAAGAAGCCCGUUUACUAAGGUGUAUUUAACCAUUUCUUCAAGCCAUGGCCUCACUGAGAAUAAAAUUUAUUCUGGUCUUGACAGAAUGUAUGAAAGACAUGAGAUGUGAGGACUACUAAAAUGAGAGAAGCACCUUCAAACGCCAUACCAAGCCCAUGCAGGACUGCUGAUAACUCUUGUGGCACUGGACAAGGGCCCAAGCUUCUUUCUUCUUCAAGUCACGGUUUGAUUUUCCACAACUAAAAAACAAGUAGCCAUAUAUUAAGCAUUAAAUCAGGAAAGUAGCUUAACAAUUGCAUUUAAAAAAAAAUCAGUCUACAAAACAGUUUCAUUUUUCAAAACGUAAGCCUGUUAAAGCAUAUACAAGCAACUGUCAGAUCACUGUUCCUUUUUCUUAUAAGGUCCUGGGUUAUUAUUUGCAGGCUACACACAUGGAGAAGCAUAAACCAAUGAUUUAAACUGAGCACCUUCUCUGAUUUGGAUUGGUUUGGUUGGGUUUUAAACUGAAGGUCCAGAAUCGUGAGGCCCAAUUGCUGGUUUCAUUGGUAACAGUAUCUGUUGCAGCAUCACCAAGGCCAUAGGAAGGGAAGACGGUACUUCAGUGUAUGAACUUGAGUACAGAAAAACACCGAACUGAACUAGCCACUCUGCAUGCAGACACAUCAAUACUUACUCUAAUGUUGAAUCCCAGUAGAUCACUUAUAACACCAGAGACUGCAGACAGGAUCACCACACGAGUAAUGUUGUAGAUUAAGGGAUUCAUUGUCAGGCCAUACAGUCUAAAUGGAGUAUCUAACUCCUGCCAUCAGAAAAGGAAAGUUAACGGGCUGGUCUUGCUUAGGAACAUGGGAAGUUGCUUUACGCUGAUAGGCACAUUGGACCAUUUAGGUCAGCACUGUUCACACUGACUCUUCAGGGUUUCAGACAGCAACAUUUCCCAUCCCUACCUAGAAAUGCCAAGCAUUGAACCUGAGAUGUUCAUGCAAAGUAUAUACUCUGCCCCUUCCCAAAUGGGCACCACAAAAAUACCCUUCAAAUGGUCAAACAUCAGAUUUAUCAAGUAUUAAAUAGGCAAAAAGUUACAUAGUUCUGAACUGCUCACCUUCAGGAGUUUGGUAGAAAGUUUUAAGACGUUGUUCACCAGUGUAAGCUGUUCUUUCUUGUUUGGCUUCUUUUCCAUCUUAAGAUAUAAGUUUAUCUGCAACAGAUUUUUUUAAAAAAAUUCACAUCUUUUAUUGAUCCAAGUCUGUCCUUUACCUAUAGGGAUAGGAGGCAUGCUCAGCUGUAGCAUAAGCAACAUUCCUUCAUCCAUCCUUAGCCUUAGGCACUAUUAACUGAAGUAACUUAAUACUUGCCCUUUUAUUAGCAUGGUGCUUUUCAUCAAGUCAUAAGCAAAGCAGCGGAAACACAGGCCCCCACAAGGAGCUUUAAAAUACACACACACCCCAGAUGCAGUCCACAAAAUGCUUGAAGUUGCCAAAAAAAAAAACAACCAUUUGCCUGCAUACCAAA